GUCUCAUAAAUGACCAUAAAAACUUGCAUGGCGAUGUGCCGCGACCGCUACCAUCCGUGCCACCGAGGUGGAACAACCCCCGCCAGCCUUCAAGCCGGAGGGGGGCCUUUUCGACUGGCUACCCCCAGCAGGCUCCCAGGGAUUUCCAGCUGCACCAAGGUCACUCCUGGAAGAAAAAAUAUUCCCUUGUUAACCGGCCGCCGGGAUCGGUGUGUGAUGUUGGAAGCGGUGAAAAUGCCAGCACGUCUCGAGCUUUUGGAAGCCAUGGGGACAGCCAGGCACCUGAGCCACCAGAAUCAUCCCCUGAGAGACAUGUGGACUUAACCACAGAUGGUAACAUAGUUGUGGGGAUCCAACUGCCACAGAGGGCUGGCCCAUUCGUAGACACGGAAGAUUUUGCUGAUGUGGGUUCUUACUGUGAGUUUUCUGGGCUGGAAACGGUGGUUGCUGCUCCAGGUGACAGUGAAAAUGUGCAGAAAUCUCUGUAUGCAAACCGAAAUGAAGAGAGAAGACCCUCUCUCUCUGUUUCAUUUAGUUCAUCUCACCGAUUUGUGAGUUCAGCGUUCGUGAGCGUGUCAGAUAAGCCUAGAAUGGUGCGUCUGGCCGGCGACGUGGCCGGGAGCUCCCCUGCCUCCUACGGAAGCACCAGUGAAAGCGCCGUGACGCUGAAAUCGGAGCCGCAGCAACCUUUGGUGUUGCCAGAUCGCGAGCCGGCUGGGCACUUGGUACGGAGGAAGGCAGAACCGCCAGCUCCAGGGCAGUCUAGUUGUGAGCAAGUCAGGGGUGCUUUCAGAGAGCCGAAGCUCCUUGGAAAUGGCGAGACGCGCUAUAGACCCGCUCAGGCUGCGACUUUGGUGGUUGGGAUGACUCCAAUGAAGAGCAGGUUUUCCUUAGUCCCCAAAGCUGCCGGUCUCCAAAGAGCUGCCUCAACAUCUGUCUCCAGCAAAGGUCUGAAAUUCAGGAAAACUAAUUACACGUGGGUCGCAAACCCUAGUAAGUGCUCUCGUAGUAUGAAGAGAUGGAUCAGCCCUAGAGCUUCUGAAAGUGCUAAGAAGAUUGCUGGUGGAGCGGACAGAGGUGCUAAACUAUCGCCGAAAGCAGACUUGGGAGCAAAGCCGAAGAAGUCGGGACUGCAGUCCAAACUGGGUGUUUCUCCCAGCAAAUAUAAGUGGAAAGCCUCCAGCCUGCAGACCUCGCCGUCCACCUCCAAGUCUGCGUUCAGGUGGCGAUCCGAGGAUCAGAAAAAGCCUCCAGCCCCCAACCUCCCUCGAGCUGGUGCGGCCCCACCGCCUCCGAGCGCUGCGUCUGUUGGUCUCGGCGGGGCGAAGUCCUCCUUCGGUGAUGCCGCACUGUCCAGUUAUAAAGUGAAGAGUCGGACAAAAAUCAUCAAGAGAAAAGGAAGCUCGGGUUCCCCAACAGAUAAGAAGAACGGCUCCUCGCCCACCACGCCUCUGAAAAGCCACUUCCAUCUCAGGAAGAAAAACUCCUUGCGGGGGAAACCUCCUGCGACGCUGAAACGCUCCUCGCCCAAGGGCCUGGUGCAGAUCUCCAAGCACAGACUCUGUAGGCUGCCGGCCACCAGGAUGCAGGUCUCCACCAAGGAAGGAACCAACUUGCACUUCGUGAGGAGUCCACCAGCCAACAAGGUGAUAAAGACGCGCUACAGGAUAGUAAAGAAGAACGUGGUGUCUCCAGCCUUAUCGUCCUUCAGUACCCCCGUUCCCAACUGGAAGACGAGGCGCCCCGUGACAUCCAGGUAA